CUUUAAACAAUUUCUGCACAGCCGUUGCAGUACAUACCAGGGCGAAGAAAAGGGAAAAACGGCGGCCGACGAGCAUAAUCACUCAACAUCGUCCGAACGUUGUCAAGACGUGUCAGACGUCAAAAAAGCAACUCGAUCUUGACUAGCCUACAUAUCUCAACACCCCCUCCACGACAUACUCUGAGAGAGACAUUCUGUCUUUCCUCCCCUGCUUCUCCGGCACACACCGCAUACGACUCUUUUUCAGUCUGGGGCCGACAUCUUGAGAGUUUCAAACGAGGACCUACACAUUUCGACUCAAUCCCGCUUGCCCUACCGCACAACCUGCGGCCUAGUCAAGUAACUCACGACAGCUCAUUAUUGUGUAUGACUCGGCUCGUACGACCCAAUAGGUAACCAAUUGCACUUGCCGAAGACUUCAGAUGCCUUAACUUGAUCUCGCAUUUGGUUUCCUAUUGUCAACUUGCGCCUCCGUCAAUAUCUCGCCUGCCUACAAGAGCUCCUGUCGCCUGACAGUUGGUAGUCUUGCCUGGAUUUCGAAUUGGACCAGAACACACACUGAAUCGAGUCUCGUGCGACUGCAGGCCGCGGUCUUGCUCGGUGAAAGUGACGCCCGCCAGCCGUUCCCCACAGGAAAAUCAAAUUUUUGGAUUUCGGUGCUGUGUUGUGCACCACUACGCUUCACUAAACAUCCCGCCCGAACUACCUACCUACCCAAGCCCCAUCGCACCGAGAGGUUUCGUUACCCAGCACUCGAAUGAACAAGGCACAUACCCUGACGACUCGACACACCUGCCCGGACGGCGCCUUGUGCUGCUGCCCUACGCGCGCUUAGACUUCACACGAUCACAAGCCCGACGAGGCUUAAAACACCUCUAAUAUACCCAUGGCGAACAUGACACCCCCCACCGACCAUGGCUCCGGCCGCAUGUCUUCUGUUUCGUCUAUGGGGCCUCCAAAGGUCAGGUCACGCACGCACAGUCUUUCCAGCGAUAGGGCAUCAACAAUUGGAGCAGGCCUCAUGUCCCCGCCCUUGACAGUUUCUCCCGAGGCAGCCUUCAUCGCCGCAGCGGCUGCUUCUCAGAUCGUCACAAACGACCACGACGCACAUCAAGAUAUCUGGUAUGACCAGCAGGGAAUCGAGCCCCCUUCAGAAACAGUACUCGUCUCUCCAGCAGCACUGGCAUUGAUCAACAACUUUCUCGACCGACUCCUCUUCAACCUUCUAUCUACCGCAAAGUCUACAAGCCUCGCUGCUCUGCGACCUGCGGUGUCUGAAGUAUUAAAGCCGAAACUUGCAAAAGAUGCGAUAUAUCAGGCCGAUGAGGAACUUCAAGAGUAUCUCGGUGGAGGAGAUGACGAGGACUAUGGGUCGCCCAGAAGAUCGGAAUCUGCUCGCGAUUGGGAUCUUGAGCUGGUAUGGAAGCGGACUCGUUUGCGGUGCAUGGUUUACUCAUCCCUGGGAGACUUGGAAGAGGAAGACGAAGAUUUUCACAUGGAGCAGGAGAAUCUACUUACCGGGGACGAGACUGUUGAGGAGACAAUAUCACCAGCCGUAGCCAUCUUUCUCACCUCGGUUUUAGAGUUCAUGGGAGAGCAGGCUCUGAUCGUAGCUGGCCAGGCUGCGUUCCAGCGGAUGCGUCACCAGUACGAGAAGUCAUUACGAGAAGGCACUCGAAGCCCUGCCGAUGUGGCCGACAGGAUAGUGGUCGGAGACAGCGACGUUGAGCGCAUUGCUCUAGAUAGGACCCUCGGACGACUUUGGCGUUCCUGGAAGAAGCAGAUGCGGUCCCCAGUUCUAGCUCAGGAGCCCACAUUCCGCAACUUUUCUCGAGACUCGGCAAGGAGCGGCUCCGUGAAGGAUUACAGAUGGCGUAGUCUGAGCGUUGAGCCACCACGGACAAGGAACGAUGGCUCUGUAUCUCCACUGGAAGCGGAUGAGGAGUCUACCGAGCCGGACAUGGACAGUGCCGGUGCAGAGAAGCCUGCGGCUUCUGUACCGCUACCGGUUGGUCCCGACGACAUGUUGGAGAUCUUGAUACCAGGUCUGGCACAUUACAGCGAUGACGAGGAGGAGCCCUACGAAAGCAAGAGCGAAACCCUACCAAGGCGUCCCAAGAGCAUGUUAUUAAGUCCUCUUGCUGCCGGAGUCAGGGAUCCACCAACACCAGCAACGUCGGUGCCAUGCACUCCAAAAUUCCCUCCUCGCAAGCGGGCCAACUCUCUCCCUACCCCUGCAGCAUCUCCAUUCUCGUCGCCCGCGAACAAGCAUAUCGAAACUGUCACAAGUCCGGCGGAAGAUGACGGAGCAGCGCUCUGCGAGCCUGUCACGUCAAAUUUGGAAACUCAGAAUAUGAGUGGUGGUAACAACGAGGUUCCUGCCACCAGGGUCCCGCCAUUGUCCCAGAAGUCCUCAAACGCAGUCACAACGGAGUUGAGAGCCGAUAAAGAAGUACAAAGGCCCACCAUCCAACAGAGGCGCAUGUCUUCGGCACAGAUCGCGGCUAUGAUUGCAGGCAGCUCUGGUUCUAAAUCCCCAGGUAUUGCCGCUCGAUCCCCAGGUCUGCCUGCCAUAUCACCGGCAGUAGCCGCCGCACCGGAGCAAGAGCUUAACGACGAAGCCGAGGAGAUUGAAGAGUUUUGUGAGGAGCCAGAGAUUCUCACGACCUCGAGGAUAUCAGUCUCUGGCAGGAGCACCUCACCCACAAUUUCGGAACGCAGCAAACCGGCGAUUACUAUCGGGAUCCCAAAACGAUCUGCAAGCGUGCAUUCCGUGCGGGUGAUCGAGGUAGCCACUCCGCGCAGUCCAAUGUCGAGGUCUAGAAACAGCUCCGCCGACGCACAGGAGCGCACUUCUCUGAGGAGCAGCAACCUGUCACGAACGGACUCUAACAAUGCCUUUACACCCCCUAUCAGGGAAGAGGGCGCCAGACAGACUAGUCCCACGAGGAAGGCCUACCCGUUCCCCACCAAGUCGACGCGCCUGCACCAAAGUGACUCGAUUUCGGAGGCCGAGGAAUCUAUUGGGUCGCCCGUCCCUACCAUGUCGGUUUCUACACUCUCAAGCAGGACUCCUACACCAUUGUUGGAUCAGAAGCCUACUACCAGCUAUGACGACCUCGAGGCUCAAGCCCAAGCCCAGCCACCAACCAUCUUCACAGUACCUAGGGACUCUAACUCGCAAGGCCGCAACUCACCCGCUACCAAAGUCACGAUUGUCAGUUCCAGCUCUUCCAGUGGCACUUUUUACCAUGAGGACAAGUCCACUGUACCAAGCAAGUCGAGGUCGGCCACCCAGACCAACGCGGAUGUGCCUUGUCCGCCCGAACGCAGCUCCAAUCGGCCUCAGGGCACAAGCCCAUCGACCCGACAGGCGUCUUCCACCACUACUGUCUCGGUCGAGCGAUCCAGCCCUAACCGACGUGCGCCGUCUCAGACCAGAGAAGCAGUUGAGCCUCCCCGUGAACGGUCAAUCACCCCCAUGUCUAUGGAAAAGGGCUCGAACCGCAAGCACCAUGAUUCUGUUUCGACAGUCUCGUCUCUGCAGCAGAGGCUGAAGCCUGUCCGCGCUUCGCAAGACUCGACAAGACCGGUAGACAUCAAGACCUUCGAUGAGCUGAUCCAGAGCGACGAAACGAUUCAGUACACGCUGACGCCAGAGAAUAUGCGUGAUAUUGAUUCUACGCGUUCUGGCAAGAAUGACAGUCCGGUCCUUAGGCCUAAGAGCCGGAAGGGUGAGGAAAACAAGUUCCAGGAGCACUCUCGCUCGGCCUCUACCCCAACUGGAGGUCCUCGUGCAGUCGACCUCAAGAGGUCAGCUUCAGUCUCGAGGGCUGGUGCUCUGAGCUCUCAUCCCAUCAACGAAGGUGCACCUCUAUCUGGGCCAAUCCCAAGAGCUCCCGGUCUUACGCCUUCCAAAUCCUACGGCGCGGGACCGCAGGCCCGUGAUGCUAGGAUUCCAUUGGAGUCACUAACCGAGUUUGCCGACUUCAUCCGCGCUACCGGACCACCUGGUGCCAGCGGUAGUAUGGGCGCAUCCUCAUCCCGUACACCCGCGUCUAGUGUGUCCAGAACCACCGCCGGCCCGGCGGCCGGUUCCAAACAGAGUCUAGAAUCCAGCGGUCGCGCGUCAAACACUAGCAAUCGUGCACGCUACCAGGCUCGCGAUGCAGCCAUCGACCCCCGGGAAGAUAACUCGGACCUGAUCGAUUUUAUUCGUCGCGGUCCCCAGACCAAGGACAACCCUCGGAUACCUCGAACGGUCGCGCCGUUCCGCAACACAAUGGACUCGGACCAGUUCGCAACUGCUUCGGGUGGCAAAGCUGUCGACGCUACGCUGCCGGAUCUUCGUCACAGUGCCGCCUCGACCAGUGUAACGGAAAACUCGGUGCCGUCUUCUAUCAACUCGCAGAGCGCUCUGCUUCGCAAGGACAAGUCUUUGGCCGGCGCCCGUGGUGGCCAAGGCAAUACGAACAUGUUUGAUGAAGAGGAUAUGAUUCCCAAGAGGAAGCAGAGACGAGUCCGCGACCCCUAUGCCAUUGACUUUAGCGACGAGGAGGACGAUGAAUUUGAAGAGGCAACACCCAAACCUCCCAGGCGCCUCCAGCCGCCCAUUGAGAAGGAGGAGACUCUUGCUGAGUUCCUCAUGAAUGUUCCCCCUCCCAAGGAAACGAGCCCAGUCCCGUUCAACCUCCCAUCGCAGAAUCCACCCACACCGAAGAAGAAAUCCAGCACGGCCAGUCUCAUUUCGCGCUUCACACGCAGGGACAGCACCAAGAGCGACAGAAACAAGGCUGAGAAGGAGAGCAACAAGCUGACCAAACAACCCGAUCCCAACUCGGUUGCGCCUCAGAGCCGAGCUGGCGGCGGCCGUGGCUACGUUCCCAUCCAGGUGAACCUCCCACCCGGAGUCCACGACUACGGAGCGGUGUCCCCGCGGCCUAAAACUACGGGCAGUUCGGGUAGGGUCCCCAUGAGGAAGUUUGAGCCGCGCGAGGCGGUUCCGGUGCCGAACCGGGCCAUCUCUGAGCUCGCCGACUUUUUGCGCAACUCGGAGCCGCCGCGCAACUUUGGCCCGGCUGCCUAUGGUGGAGAGAACGGGCAGAGACUGCCCAAGCAGUUUUCCGAGAGCGGACAGCGUCUGCCGAAGCAGUUUGCUCAAAGCUGAGACCGGACAGUGUGACGGGCGCAUUGCUGCUCAGAGCCUCGGACUUGCAUGCACAAUCACGAUAAUGCCAUCAUGACAGAUCCCGAUCGCAUCUUUAAGUCUUUUACCAGUCCCAAAGGCUGGUGAAAUAUUAUUUUAUCCGCAUUUUCAAUUUUGUACAGUGUCUAUUCGUUAACCCCCUUUUUUUCCUUCUCUUUUGUACUUUUUUUUUUCCUGCACCGAUUGGAUCGACUUUUGGAAAACAAAAAUUCAUUAUUCAUACAUUGCACAGCAUUUCAGAGCAAAAUUUGUUAAAAUUCAUCACCUUCAUUUCUUUGUCAAUAACGAGGCAGUAUAGCCUUUUUUUUUUCAUUCUUCAACCUGGCUUCCAUGGGGAUUUUUCUUUUCUUUUCUUUUCUUACUUGGGUAUUGAUACCAUCUGGCGGGAUACCAUGGGCCGAGACCAAGAUUAUACAGGUUCGAUUUCUAGUAUACCUUGGCCCUGUUUGCUAUUGCUUUAUUACACUUUGGGGCUGAGAUUUUGGGUUUUGAUAAAUGCUUUGCUUGACAAAGUCACAUUUUGCUUGGUAUUGUUCAUAGUUGAUUGGUGCCAUAUCCAUAGAACUCUCUGGACCACUUUGGAUAGUAUAAACGGGUACCUUGUACAUUGCAAAA